GGGGGAAGUGCUUCCGGGGAAACGGGCCCCGGGUUGGUGUUUGUAAACUUGCCUCGGUCCCGGCGGGGGCAGCGGCGGCCACGGGGUUGGCACGGGGUGCUGGGGCCUAGAGGACGCGCCGCGGCAGGGGCGACAGCAGGAGGCCGCGCCUGGCAGGUUGCUGAAACAGAUCGGGAACUUCAUCGACAGAAUUCAGUUGGAAGACGAAGACUGGCAGACUCUUUUUCUUCAGACGUUAGGCAGGAGCCAAGUGGAGACCGGGGAUUCUUGGAACAGCUAUCUUCCCUUUGGAGGACACUAAAUUCUAUUUGAAGACAAAGGCAGUUCAAUAUGGCAGCAGGACUGAAAGGACACAAAGGAGUUGUUACAGUGAUUUGGUGACAGUUCUUCAAACGAAAGUGUCUUAAGGAAAGGUGGAUCAAGAAACUCCUGAACUUUUGGGUUGCUUUAAGUGAGAAAUCAGCAUGGCUCAGGCAAGUCUCCUGGCUUGUGAAGGCCUAGCAGGUGUGAGUUUGGUUCCCACUGCAGCCAGCAAGAAGAUGAUGCUGAGCCAGAUUGCCAGCAAGCAGGCCGAGAAUGGAGAGCGGGCAGGUAGCCCUGAUGUGCUGAGGUGCUCGAGUCAGAUGGACUGUGAGUUUAGACUCGAUUUGUGUUCAAAGGGCCACCGAAAAGAGAGCGAUAAGUCCAGGAGCCGCAAAGAUGAUGACAGCUUGGCCGAGGCCUCUCAUUCAAAAAAGACUGUUAAAAAGGUGGUGGUAGUGGAACAAAAUGGCUCUUUUCAAGUAAAGAUUCCCAAAAAUUUUGUUUGUGAACACUGCUUUGGAGCAUUUAGGAGCAGUUACCACCUCAAGAGGCACAUCCUUAUUCAUACCGGCGAGAAGCCAUUUGAGUGUGAUAUAUGUGAUAUGCGCUUCAUCCAGAAGUACCACCUGGAGCGCCACAAGCGUGUACACAGUGGGGAAAAGCCCUACCAGUGUGAACGGUGUCAUCAGUGUUUUUCUCGGACAGAUCGAUUACUCAGACACAAACGGAUGUGCCAAGGGUGCCAGUCCAAGACUUCCGACGGGCAGUUUUCUCUAUAGGCGCAAGGGGCCCUGGGUGGUGGGAGUGAUCAGAAGAAUCUACUGAAGAGCGCAUCCCCUCUGGUCUGAUGGUCCCACCACCACCCCGUCUGUACCUGUCCCCCUCCUGGAGGAGUGGACCCAGGAGACCAGAAGAGUGCUUCCGGGGACAGUGGCCCCAGAGCCUGAGCUCUGUAAAUAAUCUGAGACUAUGAGUAUCUCGGGGGAGUUCCUCCAGCAUUCCUGGGUAGGGAAGCUAGUCCCUGGACCCUUGGCUCUGGUCAUGGUGGGGACUCAAGGUACAGGACCAAGACUGAAGUGUGGCUCUCACAACCUUGGACUACAGCUGGCAGCUGAAAUGGAAAAGAUUGGGGAGAGGGGUUUGUCUGUCUGUUCUGUUCUUGUUUUUGUUUAUCCAAAAGCAAUUUCAGCAGGUGCACUGUGGAUACAGGUAAUCUGGAGGCAGAGAGUCCUAGUUCAAACUAGGGACUACGGCUUGUCCAGCCCUCCCCCAAAAUGGAGUUUUUAGUUGCAGUUGAUCCUCAAUGUUCCACAGCCCUGCACCUCACUUCCUGUUUGAAGGAGAACAGGAUCAGGGACGGCAGCUGAGCUUACUUUGGCCUCAUACACUGUAGGGACAAAAGGAAGAAUGGGGGGAGGAGCAGACAAGGGCUGGAUCCAAGCAGAGUGGCCAGGUGCCUCUUAUCUCCUCCAGGGAAGAGCGAGAGUUGUGCCCAUGGGUGUGGUGAUGGCCCAUGCCACACUGGUACCUAAUGGGGUCAGCUCAAGUGCCUUUGGGAGGAAACUUGGGUGAGAGUGGCCCAUGAAGCCCUUUGUUUCUCUCUUUGGGAAGUUGAUCUUGGAGAUAGUUUGUGGCUACCUCGCUGCCAUUGACUCCUAAGCCAGACAGAGGUGUUGACAGGGAGUCAUGGAUGUCAAAAUGGGUUCUCUCUCCUUGUGCCCUCUUAGAAACAACCCAAGACUAGUCCCAAGUUGAGUAACAACUGUUGAAGUAACAAAGGGAUUUGGUGUCCCCUGAGAUGCCCCUUGAGCAGGAGGAGCGGUUCCCCCUGCCCAAGUCCUAUCACUAUAUUCAGGUAGAGGAAGUAGGGGUCUGGCCUGUGGUCCCAAAGAACAAGGUCUUGGCUUCCUUCUUGAUGGCCAUCCCUACCCAACAAAGAACUGGGGGGAGGAAGUGCAGCAGAGAAAGGACUGAGGAAGAAACCUAACGUAGGUUUUAUUCUUAACCAUAUUCUUUGCUCCUCUCUGCUCCAACACCACUACCCUAUCCACCCCCAAAAAAGUGAUCAGGGGUGUGUGUGUGUGUCUGGUAUGUGAGUGUUCAUGUUUGUAUGCUUGGAGAUGGCAUAUUAUUGAGCCAAACCCUUCUUUGGCCCUCAACUUAGGGGAGGAUGAGCAUAAAACAUCCUCUCCCCCCUCCCCCAAACCUGAAGGGUGCUUGAGGUUCCGGCAGGAGCUGGGGAACUCAAUUUAGGGGACUGGAGGGCUUUGUUUUAGAGGGUUUUUUAAGAUUGAUUCAGCAGGCUGGUGGUUAGGGUGUUCCUAACCCAAGCCAGGGCUUGUGAACAUGAAUUUUUUAAAAGUGAAAUAAAAAACUGUUCCUGCUAAGGAAAGGGUCUUAUGGGAGGUUUUGGGGGUUUGGUUGACCCCCACUGGGCCUGCCCUGACCUGUGGGGUGAGUAAUCAUGGAGACUGGGUGAACCUGACCAGGUUGUCAGUGGGGAUCUGAGAUGGCAACCUCCAGAAGGUAUGAUUGCAUUUCCCAGAAAAUGUAGAGAAUCGCAGCAUACUCCCAACUGUUACCUGUUCCAGAGGAGAUGGGGGCAGGGGGCGGUCGUCUGUACCUCCGAGUGGUGAGGAUUUCAGGGGAGAAGAAAAGAGGCUUGGCACCCUUUAGAUGGUCCCUGAUGGCAUCAAGAGCCUUGGGGGAGACGCUGGGAAUGUGUCUGCCGUUAUGCUGGCACUCCCAUCUGAGGUGGUCCAGGACCUGGACCUCAAUCCUUGGAUUUGCCCUGUGGUUCCUGCAGGCAGAGCAUCUUUCUCCGUGGGAGCCAGCCCCCUUCCUUUUUAAGGGCUCUGCGGGGCUGGAAUUUGUCUCUCAUGCACCUCUGGGAAUAUAUUCUGGGAAGGAGGAUACAUUUAGAAAACUGUCCUCCCAAGAGUGGCUUUGAAAGUGAGAGGCCUCUCCCCCUGCCACUUGCAGCUAAUCUGUUUAGGGUGGGGUUGUGAGUGGAGAGACUCACAUGAGUGAUCUGUGCCCUUACCUUGUGUGAGUGUGUGUUUAGGUCAGAAUGUGCCCUGGCCCCCUGCAGCCUGCAGCUUCCUGCCUGGGUGGGUGGGAGAAAGGGCACUUCUGAACGUCUGUGCAAAGGGCCAUCCAGAACCGCCCCCGCCGAGGAUCGGGUGUGGGAGAAACUCAGGAGCAGGUGGUUAGUUCAGUUGUCCAGGUGCUGGUAUUCUGGGGCUGUUGAUGUGUGUGGAGAGGAGCAAAGAGGUCAAAGGAGUGACGAGUGACGUAGGGCCCAGAGGACCCAGGAGCCCCACCUAUACCCCAGGGAAACCACAGACUAAGACCGCUGCAAAGGCUCCUGGGCCCGAUGCCCCGCCCUCCUUGCUGGGGUGGGGUCUAGCACUGGAAAGAUGCCUCAGGUGUGUUGGGAGUGAAGGGAAAGGGAGACAGGACAGGCUCUCAGAGACCAGGAGGUGGAAAUUGGGACCUGGGGAAGAGUGGGCCAGUUCCUAGGUGGCCAGCCCUGCCCUUCCCAGCACCCCAAGUCUCUUCUGUCCACCCCUAACAGCCUCUUGUCAUCACUUAGCUACUGAUUGUGCCCCAUGGCUUGACAGUGGAGGGUUAAAUGAGGCAUGGAGUCCGUCACAACCUGUAACCCUCUCCCCAGACGCUCUUUGCCUCUGCUGUGGCCAUGGGGCUUUUAUCUUAACAAUCCCUCCUACCCUUCCUCUCCACCCUUUUUUUUUUUUUAAUAUACUUAUUUUGCUAUUGGGGGAGGGGAAUAUCAAAUGAACAAGAUCACUUUUAAAUGGUAGUUUUUAUAAGAUGUUAUAAACUUGUUAUCUUUUUACCAUUAAAGUGCAGUGUAUGUUCCUUCGUGAUAUAUUUAGGAUAUUUAAAUAAAAAGAAAAUGGGGCUUUUCUACGUACUA